CCCCGGGGCGGCCCUGCCAUCACACCCCGAUGGCCCCAAUCAGGGCUGGGACAUUUUGCAAUCCAGGACAUUAUUUCUGUGCAGUUGGAGUUUAAACUUUGCCACUCGGGUCAGGGAAUCACAGAGGAGGAGGAAGAGGAGGAGGGUGAAGGCCAGGCUUGUUGUCCACCCCAAUCCCCUGUGCUCAGAGAGGGUUGAGAGGACAAUCCAUGGCGUCUCACACAGCCACGGCCUCCAGCGCGGGCAGCCUCGACAGCCUGGACCUGCUGGAUCUCCUCUUCGACCGCGAGAGCGAGAUCCUGUGCGGGGUGGAGCUGGGGACGCCGCCGGGAGCCUGGCCCCAGGACAGGCGUGCCCUGGACAGCGAGGACUUCCUGAGCUCCAUCCUGGCCUCCGGGGACUCGGUGUUGGACUCGCCCAGCUGGUCCCCGGCCACCAGCGACAGCGGAGUGUCCGAGGACCCCCCCUCUGACCAGCACGACAGCCCCCCCUGGAGCUGUGACAGGGGUCCCCGAGGGGUCCUGUACUCCUACACCAACCCCUGCCGGGCCCAGCUCCCCCCGGCCGGGUCUGGGGUCCUGCACCCCGAGGUCUCCAUCGACCUGGACAUGUGGCACCCUGGGUUCUUCCUGGAGGAGAGCCAGGACCUGCCCGUGGUCCCCCCGCCCGCAUCCUGUGCCCUCACCGUCAAGGACCUGCUGCUCUCAGGCAGCUCUGACAAUCAGCCACAGGCUCCUGGCUCGCUGCUCCGGCCGAGCCAGGGCCACUUCCAGGAGCUGGUGCUGACGGAGGAUGAGAAGAAGCUGCUGGCGAAGGAGGGGGUGACCCUGCCCACGCAGCUGCCCCUCACCAAGUACGAGGAGCGGGUGCUGAAGAAGAUCCGGAGGAAGAUCCGGAACAAGCAGUCGGCUCAGGAGAGCCGCAAGAAGAAGAAGGAAUACAUUGAUGGGCUGGAGAGCAGGAUGUCGGCGUGCACGGCCCAGAACCAGGAGCUGCAGAGGAAAGUCCUGCACCUGGAGAAGCAGAACUCAUCCCUCCUGGAGCAGCUGAAGAAGCUCCAGGCGAUGGUGGUACAGUCAAGCAACAAGGCAGCACAGACGGGGACCUGCCUGGCGGUGCUGCUGCUCUCCUUCACCCUCAUUGUCUUCCCCUCCAUCAGCCCCUUCGCCCCCAGCAAGGCUGAGGCAAACGGUGACUUCAGGCCCGUGCGAGUUUUCUCCAGGUCCCUGCACAACGCUGCCGCCUCCCGUGUGGUUCACACCCAGCCCCAGGCAGGGGACGAGAAGCCCCCAGAGCCGCUGUGGUCGGAGCCCCUGGAGGAGACCCCCGAGACCCUGCACGGGGCUUUCCAGGGCACGUUCCCGACACACCCGGACAAGGUGUCCCUCCAGAAUGACUCACGGGCAUCAUCGGCCGCCGAGGGGCUGAGCCACGAGGACAGGGACCACGCUGACGCUGUGCCAGGGGAUGGCCCCGUGCCACACCCGGGGCUGGCAUCCCUGGCGUGGUCUGAGCCCGGGCAGGGCCGGCCCGCGGUGCUGGAGCCGGCGGAGGAGCUUUAGCAGCACCCGGGAGUACGGGGGUGCCAUGGGGUGACAGCACCUCAUCCCCUACAGGACGAGCCCUCGGGGGGACCCCUCCAGGAUCUGCCUCCCGAUGCUGGACCCACUUGGCUUUGCUUGGAUCUGUGAACUGGGAAGAGACCACUGGCCUUACUGGGAGGGAGGGGCUGCUCCUGCCCCCCUGGCACAGCAGGAGUGGAAGGGACACAGGGUCACUCCGGAUGGGGCUGAGGAAGCAGAAGGGGCCCUGGGCUGGUUGGCUGCUGAUGGUUGGUUUUGUUCUUGGUUUUGUUUUGGUUUUUGGUUUUGUAAAUUUUAUUUUCCUCUCUAAAUGUAAGAUAUUUUGGAAAAAAUCCACCUGCUGUUUAA